AUGGUGCUUUUACCAUCCUGUCUUGGAUCCAAGAUAAUUGAGGAAGAGCUGAGGCUGACACAGGUAGUAAUUACUCAUAUUGUCAACAUGAUCACAACAGAAGAGCAGUUCAGUCAGCAUACAAAAACUUCAGAAACCAUGGAGAGUCCAGUUGAUCACCCAGCAGGAGUGAUAGCACAUUUCCUCAUGGAGAAGCAUGGGAAUGAGGCCAAUGCCCAAGGUUAUGAGUACAAGAGAGUUUGGUUGAACAGGGCUAUUCUGUACAAGGACCUCCAAAAUCAUAAAGUCCUUGCAAUUGAAGAUGCAGCACAAGACAAGUACCAAAAAUUGAUUGACAAAUGUCAGGCUUGGUGGACUGCCAUGAGACUAUUCAAGGUUAAACAUCUCAGAACAAAGUUUGACUUGCUGGUACCAAAGGUGUUUGAAGGGAACUGUGAACAAAGCAUGGUUGAUGAUGUAGCCCAGCAGUCAAGGUCAAGUCAAAGGCCCAAGCAUCCAGUGGAUGCAAGCUUUGACAACCACCCUUUGAAGCAGCAGUGGCUCUCAACUAAUAGGAGCCCAAGUACAGAUGGGCCAGCUAUUGCUACAGAAGAGACCCAGGAGAGUAGUGCUACAGCCAAUGAUCAUGAAGCUAUGGACAUAGAUAGCCCUCAUGAUGGUAGAACAGGAAGCACCAAUGGUGAGGAUGAGGAGGGCAGUGAGCAAACAAAUGGGGGGGUUGGGGCUCAGGGUGGGAAUAAGGGUGAGGGUGAGGGCAAGGAUGGUAGCAAGGAUGUGAAUGAAGGUGAUCACCUUGAUGACAAGGACAAUGAUGAUGAUGAUGAUGAUGAUGAUGACAACAAUAACAACAACAACAACAUUGCACCAGUUGAGCUACAAAGGGGUGGGGAUAGACAACUGGGUCAAGCCCUUGCCCAAAUUACAUCAACUGCAGAGGUGAUGACAAGGGAAGAAAGCAGAGCAAUGACUGAGCUGCUGGGUCAAAUCAUGACUAGUCAUAGGGAUGGGGAUAUGGUGCACCUUGUCAAUGCAUUGGUGGCAAAAGGGAAGCAUGUACUGCUGAAGCAGAGAAAGCAGCAAGAGCACAACUUUGAAUCACCUGAUGAGGAUGAGGAAAGGGAUGCACAAGAUGAAGCAUCAAGCCCAUUGGGCAACUCAGAUGUUGAGGGAGCUGGGGAAGUUGAGGAUCAUGGCCCCCAAGGAGAAGAGGAGUUGGAGUAA